AAAACAUACAAGAAGAAGAAGGAGACCGUCCGUUUGUGGCAGCUAAGCCCAGUAGCUAGCAAGUUAGUUUAUCUUUAUAAAAAUACAUUUAUUUGAGUUCAUAACGUGAUAAAUGAGAGACCUUCCACUACGGCGGUGGAUCUCACAUUGAGGUGACACCAUGUUCAUAGACCCCACAGCAGCUGAAGUUCGACGCGUUUGACCAAGAAGCCGCCGUCACUGCUGUCGCCAUGGGAACGACAAUGAGUGAGCCGUGUAUCUAUGACAAACUGUCCGAGAGCAUCGACAUCCUCCGCCAGUCGGGCUACCGCUACGGCAUGUCGGAGAGGGAGAUCGAGAGGUUCAUCAAGCAGGUCCUGGAGACCAAUGAGCCCAGGAGAGAGCCUCCCCAGUUCCCCAUCCUGAGGGCCACCAUCAAGUUUGUGGUGGCAGUGGGCUUCCUGCUGGUGGUGGUACUGGCCUUCACUUAUCCCCAGAGUGCCCCCCAGCUGGGUCUGGUCAACCUGGGCUGUUACAACUGGUCCUCCCCCCUCAGCCAUGUCCGCCUGCUGUCCCUGCCCAUCGCCAAGAAGUACAACCUGCAAGGUUUCCAUGAAUGGUGGAGCGCCGGCUCUCCCAGGCAGAGUCUGGUCAACUGUUCGGGCUGUGCAGAGAUCUCUUCGGUGCUGGAAGUCCCAGAGAGCCUUAGAGGGAGUGUGAAUUUGCGACGUGGGCCACAGCUCGUCCUGCUGAAGGGUGGGGAGUCCCUCAGUGUCCAGCGGCAGCAGCUUGAGGAGCUCUACUUGGCCCAUUCAGGGUCCAUGUCCAUUCUGCUGGAAGACGGUGACGGUCUGCAGACCCACAACCACGGCCUCCCUCAAGGACCCGCCAAUUUCACCCUCCUCUGGAGGUUCAGCUCUGGGACCAGGGAGAAGGUGUUGAGGUGGCUCUUCCCAAAGGCUGAGCUCUGCCCCCUACUGGACAGUGCUGGGACCAUCCUGCAGCGCUGCCUGGUCACCCACAGCACUAACUCCCAGAGCAAGGGUGUCGGGGUGUUGGGCUGGCUGGUGGUGGGCGAGGGGCUGCCAACAGUUCGAGUUCUGCCCGUCCAACGCUGUCAGAAACACUGCAGCUCCUUCAACCUGUGGCUGACGACUGGAGACAUGGUGUACGCUGAUCCUCGGUUCUGGCAGAUGGAGCUGUUCCCCGGCCGAGGCCAGAACAUCAUCUGUGACGGAUCGGCCUUUUAACGUUCGGGUGGAUGCGAAAGCGAAGGAGGACAGAGUUCAGGACUGGGAACGUACAGAUCAGCUGUGAAUGUUUGACUUCCUGCUGAGGUGUUACAGAGCUUGCUGGCCGUCCUGUGGCCCCGCCCACUGAUGCCUUAUAACCCUCCGAUCUUUUUUCUGAUGCCCCGCCCGUCGAUAAUCCUCCCACUGUCCUUAGAGAAAUGGGAACCACUGCACUUCAGUUUGGGAAAAAAUUGAUUUCUUACAGGUUUCAAGGGUGGUGGUCAGAGGUUUGACAAAUGACUGUAUGACUUUGUCCUCGUGUGUAACGGCAGAACUUGGUCAGUCUCAACCGUCUCUAUGUUAACAGCUCUCAGAUGUUCUGGAUGUGCUCUUUGCCAUAGCUUCAAGCAAAACUCUAGCAAUUUAAAAAAAUGAAAUCGUUAG